AAACCGCUCCUUUAGCAACAAAAGGCAACGAAUUUACAAAUAAGUCUAAACCCAUUUCAUCAGAUUUUACCAUACUCAUCCAAAAAAUACAUAAAAAAUAAAGUUAUCUUUUUUCUUAGAUUUCCUGAAAUAAAAUAAAAUGACACUUUUAUUCCAUGAUUCUUAUAUCAUUAUGAUGGUGGGUUCUUACAGUUCAUCUAAUUGUUUAAUCUUCUAUUAUUGUCCGCAGAUCUUACUUUUCGGAGUCAAAGUUGGAAAAUUUAAGUAUUAUUUAGUGGGCACACAUUAAUUUAGAGUGUGACUAUAUCUGAUAGACUGAUACUACACUCAAGUUCAGUUUUUUGGCUGCCUAAAAGAUAUGGAAAAGAUAGAGAAAAAAAUGGGAGGUGGGAAUUUAGUUUUUGCUGUUAAUGGAGAAAGAUUUGAGAUACACAGUAUUGACCCAUCAACUACUUUACUGGAGUUUUUGAGGACCCGGACCCGUUUUAAGAGUGUUAAACUUGGGUGUGGAGAAGGUGGUUGUGGGGCUUGUGUUGUGCUGCUUUCCAAAUAUGAUCCCGUGAGCGAUGAGGUGGAGGAUUAUACAGUAAAUUCAUGCCUUACACUUCUUUGUAGUAUACAUGGUUGUUCCAUUACCACAACCGAAGGCCUUGGAAGUCAAAAAGAAGGUUUUCAUGCGAUACAUAAAAGACUUGCGGGCUUCCAUGCCUCUCAGUGUGGUUACUGUACUCCUGGAAUGUGCGUCUCUCUCUUCUCCGCUCUUGUCAAUGCUGAGAAGAGUGACGGGCCAGAAUCCUCUCCUGGGUUUUCAAAGCUUAAGGUUUCUGAAGCAGAGAAAGCCAUAGCUGGAAACCUCUGUAGGUGUACUGGUUAUCGGCCUAUCGCUGAUGCUUGCAAAAGCUUUGCAGCAGAUGUGGAUAUUGAAGAUCUAGGAUACAAUGCCUUUUGGCAGAAGGAGGAGAGCAAGGAACUCAAGGCGGGUAGGUUACCAGUUUAUGAUCGCAAUUGUCAGGUAUCGACAUUUCCUGACUAUUUGAAGGACGAAUUAAAGUUUAAAAUGCUUUUGGAUUCGGGAAAAUAUUCUUGGUAUACUCCUUUUAGCGUCGAGGAGCUCCAAAGCAAGCUGGAACUGUGUGAUGCUGGCGAUGUGGGUCCAGGUCGUGUCAAAUUAGUUGUUAGUAAUACAGGUACAGGCUACUAUAAGGAACUAGAAGGGUGUGACACAUACAUAGAUCUAAGGUACAUUCAUGAGCUCACCAUGGUUAAAAGAGAUCUUAAAAGCAUCCAAAUUGGGGCAGCUGUUUCGAUCUCUAAGGCUAUUGUAGCUCUGAAAGAGGGGGACGAAGAUACAGUGACUGAGGGCAGUAUAUCCGUGCUUAGAAAAAUUGCUGCCCAUUUUGAGAAAAUUGCUUCGGGGUCCAUCAGAAAUUCAGCAAGUAUAGGUGGAAAUAUAGUUAUGGCACAGAGGUGUGGAUUUCCUUCUGACAUUACUACUGUUCUCCUAGCUGUAGAUUCAAGUGUGGAGAUCAUAAGAAGCUCAAAAAGGGAGACCAUAAAGUUGGAGGAAUUCUUGGGAAGGCCUCCCCUAGAUUCAAAGAGUAUAAUCGUAUGUGUCAAGAUUCCAAUUUGGGAACCUUCCUCAGGAUCAAAUUGUAAACUUAUGUUUGAAACCUAUAGAGCCGCACCUCGCCCUUUAGGAAAUGCAUUACCUUAUCUGAAUGCUGCUUUCUUUUGUGAAGUUUCUCCAAACAAAUCUGAUGUUGGCUUCAUGGUGAACAAGAUUCAGUUGGCUUUUGGUGCAUAUGGAACUAGGCAUGCAGUGCGGGCAAGAAAAGUUGAAGAGUUUUUAGCUGGAAGAAAUCUUGAUCAUGAAGCCCUCCACAAUGCCAUUAAUUUAGUUCGAGCUACUGUGGUCCCGGAUGACGGCAUUUCACAUCCUUCCUACCGGAUAAGCUUAGCCGAGGCAUUUAUUUUUGAGUUUUUGCAAACUUUGGUCGAAACUGAUAUCCGAGUUUCUGGUUUAUGCUUGAAUGGAUAUAUUGAUUCUCAGUCGGGAACAGAUUAUGGACUCCAAAAGUACAGUAGGGAACCUCUGUUAUUACCUGCAAAACAGGAUAUUAUGCCCAGCGCGGACUAUCAUCCUGUCGGGAAGCCCAUUGGCAAAACUGGAGCUGAUCUCCAGGCAUCUGGUGAGGCCAUAUAUGUUGAUGAUAUUCCUUCUCCAGAAGACUGUCUUCAUGGAGCAUUUAUAUAUAGCAUAAAGCCAUUGGCAAGGGUAAAUUGUGUGAGAUAUGAGUCUGAAUCAUUUCCAGUUGGAGUUAUUGACAUUGUUUCCUAUAAAGAUAUUCCACGUGGGGGAAAGAAUAUAGGAGCCAAAACAAUAUUUGGGAUGGAUUCGUUAUUUGCUGAUGAUCUCACACGGUGUGCUGGUGAAAAUAUUGCAUUAGUCGUUGCAGAUACACAGAGGCAUGCUGAUAAUGCAGCAACUAAAGCAAUUGUUGACUAUGACAUAGAAAAUUUAGAGCCACCUAUCUUAACAGUCGAAGAUGCAGUUGAAAGGUCUAGCUUCUUUGACAUCCCAUCUUUUAUUUGCCCUGAACCGAUUGGUGACUUUGCCAAGGGAAUGGCGGAGGCUGAUCAGAAAAUUCUUUCAGCUGAGAUCAGGCUUCCGUCACAAUACCAUUUCUGUAUGGAGACUCAAACUGCCCUAGCUAUUCCAGAUGAAGAUAACUGCAUGGUGGUUUAUAGUUCUAAUCAAGCUCCAGAAUUUACACAUUCUGUGAUUGCAAGUUGUCUUGGAGUGCCUGAAAACAACAUUCGUGUCAUCACAAGAAGAGUCGGAGGAGGUUUUGGCGGAAAGGCAAUGAAAGCUACCCAUGUUGCAACAGCUUGUGCACUAGCAGCACACAAGCUUCGUCGUCCUGUCAGGAUUUACCUUAAUCGUAAGAAUGAUAUGAUAAUGGCAGGAGGACGACAUCCAAUGAAAAUCAAUUAUAGUGUGGGAUUCAAAUUAGAUGGGAAGAUCACAGCGUUACAUCUUGAUAUUUUGAUUAAUGCGGGUAUAUCAGAAGAUAUUAGCCCAAUGAUGCCAGCAAACAUAGUGAAUGCUCUUAAGAAGUAUGACUGGGGUGCUUUAUCAUUGGACAUUAAAUUAUGCAAGACAAAUCAUACAAGUAAGACUGCAAUGCGAGCUCCUGGUGAAAUACAAGGAACGUUUAUUGCUGAAGCUGUGAUUGAACAUGUAGCUUCUACCCUUUUGAUGGAUGUUGAUGUUGUUAGAGACAAAAAUUUCCACACAUUCGAUAGCUUAACUUUGUUCUAUCAGAGUGCUGCUGGAGAGCCGAGUGAAUUUACUUUACCCUCAAUUUGGGAUAAACUAGCUUCAUCUUCAAGCUUUGAACAAAGAAAAGAGAUGGUAAAACAGUUCAACAUCACUAAUAAAUGGCGUAAAAAGGGAAUUUCAAGGUUACCCAUUGUGCAUGGUGUUUUACUGAGACCAACCCCCGGUAAAGUCAGCAUACUUCCUGAUGGGUCAGUCUCUGUGGAAGUAGGAGGGAUUGAGAUUGGUCAGGGUCUAUGGACCAAAGUAAAGCAGAUGGCUGCUUUUGCCUUGAGUUUUAUCAAGUGUGUUGGAAGUGAUAAACUUUUAGAUAAGGUGCGUGUAAUACAAGCAGAUACAUUAAGCAUGGUACAGGGAGGGUUUACUGCUGGAAGCACAACCUCUGAGUCUAGCUGUGAAGCUGUUAGGAUUUGCUGUAAUACAUUGGUUGAAAGAUUAACCCCACUUAAGGAGAGACUGCAAGAACAAAUGGGAUCAUCUAUUAACUGGGAAACACUAAUUUCUCAGGCCGGCUCACAAGCAGUGCAUUUGUCCGCUAGCACUUAUUUCGUACCUGAUUUUACUUCCAUGCGAUAUCUAAACUAUGGAACUGCUGUUAGUGAGGUAGAGGUGAAUAUACUGACGGGAGAAACUGUUAUAUUGCGAUCGGACGUCAUUUAUGAUUGUGGACAGAGUCUAAAUCCUGCUGUUGAUUUGGGACAGAUAGAAGGGGCUUUUGUUCAAGGUAUUGGCUUCUUCAUGCUCGAAGAGUACCUAGCUAAUCCUGAUGGUCUGGUGGUUGCUGAUAGCACAUGGACAUAUAAAAUCCCGACAAUUGAUACCAUACCAAAACAACUAAAUGUUGAAAUCCUGAACAGCGGACAUCAUCAGAAACGGAUUCUCUCAUCUAAAGCAUCUGGAGAGCCACCAAUGCUGCUAGCAGCAUCAGUUCACUGUGCAACCAGAGCAGCUAUCCAAGAAGCCCGAAAACAGCUUGCUUCUUGGGGUGGCUUGAACGUCAAUGAAAUUGAUGUCCCGUUUCAAUUAAGUGUCCCUGCCACCAUGCCUGUGGUUAAGGAGUUUUGUGGCCUCGACGUUGUUGAGAGGUACUUGAACAGUUCAUUCGUGACUAAGAGUAACUGAUCAGCAAAUAGCCUUCCAAACUCUUUUGGUUUUUGAACCUUCAGCUCGUGACAUAUCUUUAAAAUAGAGCUAUGUAUAAGUUUUAUCAUAGUGUUACAGAUUAGAUUUUACUGAGGAAUGUAGACUGUAGAAUGAUUUUUAGAUAAAGUUGAUAUGCAAGUAAUAAAGGGGUGUCCAUGGUGUUCUAUGAGACGCCGAGAAGAGAUGGUAUCCAAUCAAGAAGCUUGACAAGCUGAAGAAUAAGAGAACAUGAAGGUUGGUUGAUCCAUAAAGAAGCUUGCAACUGUAAUCUACAAUAAAUGUGUAGUUUGGUAUAUUUACGUAAUUAUGUUGUCAAAGGCACUUAGCAUGUCUAUCUUCAUUA